GAGCCUGACAUAUUUGUAUACCUGCUAUAAGCAACGACCUGGAAAAAACUCCCCUGCCGACAAGGUUGACCUAACAAUGAUAAACCUGUUCUCGAGAGGAGGACUGAGGAAAAGGGAUAGUCAUAGAGCAGAUGUUCCCACAACGUAAAGGACGAUAGAUGACACAAGGGCGUGAUCACGUAACAGGCUUACAUUUACUGUCGGACACCGGGCCGGGUUCUUGUUCAAGGUUUAUAAUCAGCCUCAAUGAAUUGCACUUACAAAGGCUGUUUCUUUAUGUGCGUGGUGACAUGUUUGGCUGCUGUAGCUUUCUAUUUGAGAAUGACUCAAUCAUUGGAUGUGUUUGUCGUGGAAAGUUUGAUGUCAACAACACCUAACGUGAAACAAGUAUCCCUCUUAGAAGUCUCUCAAAAGCACCCCCUCGUGCUUCAUUGGCAGAGUGUGAAGAUUACGUCAGCAGGUUCACAAAACCGAACAGUAAAGCGUAUUGUGUGGAUGAACGUUCCAGCCUGGUUGAACACUGCAAAAUCCUUCGACCACUGUAAGGUUCGUUCGUGUGAAAUAAGUACGAACGAGGCACUCAUUUCAUCAGCUGAUGCUGUGAUUGUCCAUGGUGUGGGUUUGCCUGCUUCAAAACACCCAAACAACAACAUGGGCCAGGUGUGGAUUAUGUAUGGAUGGGAAUCACCUCUUCACUAUUUUUCAAACACGAUUUUCCGUUCUGAUUGGAAUGGACGUUUUAACUGGACAUUGACGUACCGUUUGGAUUCGGAUAUACCCUUUCCUUACAAUAGGAUCUUGUAUACAGGAGGCACUGUGAAUAUAAGUGAUGUUCUAAGACGAAAAAGCCGAUCAAUAGCUUGGUUUGUUAGUAACUGUGGUACACCGUCAAAGAGGGAAGUGUAUGUUCAAGAACUGCGAAAACAUAUCGAUGUCGACAUUUAUGGCGCCUGCAGGUAUAACAAGAGCUUUGACUGCCCGAAAGAAAUGUCCCUCGGGUGUCUUAGUCUCCUAAACACCACGUAUAGGUUUUAUCUUUCGUUUGAAAACUCCUUAUGUAAAGACUAUAUCACAGAAAAGUUCUACAACACGUUCAUGACUUCAGCUAUUCCCAUCGUUCGUGGAGGCGCUGACUAUGCACGUCUUCUGCCAGAAGGAACCUUUAUCAAUACGGCAUCAUUUGACAGUCCCAAGAGUUUGGCAAACUAUAUCAAAUAUUUGGAGAGAAAUGAGACAGCUAUAGGAGAUAUUCUUGCUAAGAAGCACAAAUAUGAAUACAUUCAUUCAGCAAGUACGGAGUUUGAUUGGAGGUGUCAGUUGUGUUCCAAGUUACAUGGUAAUAUUACGAGAAAGCAUUACACAGAUAUGAAACAGUGGCUUGUGACUGGGAAAUGCAUAAGCCGGCCCAAAGAUCUGCCGUGAUGACUGGUAUUGUAAGAAACUUGUCACCAGAUAUCAUAACGACAGCAGUUGUUCUCACUCAAUUCUUGGACCACACCAAUUUUAGAACAUUAUCUUAUCUGUGAUGUUUUACUAACUCACAUGAUUAAUUUGGCGACUGAGGGUGAUCGCCAAUACAGGCGACCUUACUGAUGUGUUUGAACCGAUCGAAAAGGCGACGUUCUUUGUCCGUCACUCGUAGACAUAGAUCUGUAGAUUAGAUGCUGUAUAUUAAACGUUUAUGCAUUCUUCA